CCGUCGACGUCACAAGAAGGAAGUGGAUGCGGAAGUAUUCAGGAAACAGCUGCAGGUAGUAGUUGUUCUCCGGCAGGUCUCGUCUGUCACACACACCUCACAGCUUCUAAGUCAAGAUGUUGAAGGCGGUUAUUUUAAUCGGAGGGCCUCAGAAAGGCACGAGGUUCAGGCCGCUGUCAUUUGAAGUUCCCAAACCCUUGUUCCCAGUCGCCGGCGUGCCCAUGUUACAGCACCACAUCGAAGCAUGUGCCAAGGUACCAAACAUGAAGGAGAUUCUGCUCAUCGGCUUUUAUCAGCCAAACGAAGAACUAACCAGAUUCCUUUUUAACGCACAGCAGGAGUUCAAAAUUUCCAUCAGGUAUUUGCAGGAGUAUUCGGCGCUGGGCACCGGAGGAGGAAUAUAUCACUUCAGAGAUCAGAUAGUCUCUGGCAGUCCAGAGGCUUUCUUUGUUCUGAAUGCCGAUGUCUCUUCAGCGUUUCCCCUCACAGAGAUGCUCAGCUUCCAGAAAGAACACGGAGAACCAAACAGCUUUGUUAUCCUCGGGACAACGGCAAACAGAAAACAAUCCAUGAAUUACGGCUGCAUUGUUGAAAACGAGGACACACACGAGGUCCUGCAUUAUGUGGAAAAGCCGAGCACGUUUGUGAGCGACAUCAUCAACUGCGGCGUGUACCUCUUCAACCCCGACAUCUUCCAGCACAUCGGCUCGAUCUUCCAGAAGAAUCAACAGGACAUGUUACUAGAGGAGCCAACCAACGGCUGGCACCGAGCAGAAGCCAUCAGGCUGGAGCAGGACAUUUUCACUGCCCUGGCAGGACAAGGCAAACUCUACGUGUAUAAAACCCUCAGGUUCUGGAGCCAGAUUAAAUCUGCCGGGUCUGCAAUUUAUGCCAGUCGCUUGUACCUCAACCAGUAUCACAAAACCCAUCCUGAAAGACUGGCCUCAAAUAAAGAAGGAGGGCCCAAAAUAAGUGGUAAUGUCUAUAUCCAUCCUACAGCCAACAUUGAUCCCACUGCUAUGUUGGGUCCCAAUGUGUCCAUUGGCACCGGAGUGACUAUCGGUGCUGGGGUCAGAGUUCGAGAAUCUAUCAUCCUCCAUGGCGCAAAUCUACAGGAUCACUGCUGUGUUUUGAACAGCAUUGUCGGAUGGGAUAGCACCAUUGGCAAGUGGGCCAGAGUAGAAGGAACCCCGAGCGACCCGAACCCCAACGAUCCGUUUGCAAAGAUCGACAGCGAGACGCUCUUCAGAGAUGGGAAACUCACACCCUCGAUUACUAUUCUCGGUUGUAACGUGAGCAUCCCCUCCGAGGUGAUCAUACUCAACUCCAUUGUCCUCCCGCAUAAAGACCUGAACCGUAGCUUCAAAAACCAAAUUAUUCUCUAGCUAAUCUUCCCUGCGCUUCUGUCCACUUACUGUCACCGAUGAAGGAUGCAGCCGAACGGCCACCGGCACUGCCUCUGAGUUACUGUAUAUAAGAUGUCAAAAAUGACGAUAUGGGACAUUCGUUAAAUAGUUUUGAAAGAUAGAUUUUUACAUAUUUGUCCUCGGGCCUUACGCAUCACUGGAUGUCAGCAAAAAUGACAGGGAGGCUAAUCAUGCAUGUUGAUUCACCUUGAAAAGCGCUGUGAUGCCAGAGGUUUAUAUUGUUUUUUUUAUUAAUGUUGCCGAACUGUAAAAUGACUGCAGACACUAUUUGGUUGGAUGUAAUAUAAUGUAUUCCAAAGGGCAUCAUUGGCAAACCCAAGACUUGUUACGUGAGCAUGAGAAUGGAAAUUACUAGAAAAUUCAAAAAGUCACUGGCUCCCCACUGAUUAAUUUUUGGAGGUGAUUAUUUAUGCGGAACCCCUGAUUAAAACCUUGUAGCGUCUUCA